AUGAAGACUGUUCUCGCGGCCUUGGUGGGGGUGGCUGCUCUGGCAGUCGCUCAGACAGCUACCACCUCUGAGCCCGCUCUCGCGGACAUUCAUGCGGCUGCCGCAACUACCAAGCCGGAGGUUACCACCUCCGAUGUCAAGGGCUUGGCGUUUGAUCGUUUCUAUCAAGUCUGGCUGGAGAACAUUGACUAUGACGAUGCUGCCACGGACACCAACAUGCAGUGGCUUGCUUCUGAGGGUAUUCUGCUGACCAACUUCUAUGCUGUCACCCAUCCUUCCGAGCCCAACUACUGCGCUGCCGCUGGCGGUGACACGUUUGGAAUGGAUAACGACGACUUUAAGCAGAUGCCUGAGAACAUUUCUUCUAUUGCUGAUCUGCUUGACACCAAGAGAAUCUCGUGGGCUGAAUACCAGGAGCACAUUCCCUAUGCCGGUUUCCAGGGCUACAAUUAUUCCAAUCAGGCAACUUAUCACCCGGAUUACGUUCGGAAGCACAACCCAUUGGUGCUUUACGACUCCGUUGUGGCCAACAACACUCGCGCACGUUCUAUCAAGAGCUUUGAUGACUUUGAAAAUGAUCUCCGUGACAAGAAGCUUCCUCAGUGGGCGUUCAUCACUCCUAACAUGACCAACGAUGCACAUGACACCAACAUCACUUUCGCUGCCAAGUGGGAGCGUCCUUGGGUGGCCAAAUUGCUCGAGGACGAGUACUUCUACAACAACACUCUCCUCCUUCUGACCUUCGAUGAGGACGAUACCUACACAAACGACAACCGUGUCUUCAGCGUUCUCGUUGGUGGCGCCAUUCCUCAACACCUCAAGGGUACCAAGGACAAUACCUUCUACACUCACUACUCUAGCAUUGCUAGUGUCUCCGCCAACUGGGGUCUUCCUUCCCUGGGUCGCUGGGAUUGCGGUGCCAACAUCUUCGAGAUUGUCGCCAACAAGACCGGUUACGUCAACUACGAGGUCGACAAGACCCAUCUCACGCUUAACCAGACCUACCCUGGUCCCAUGUCAAUUGGGGACAAGUCCACUGGCAAUACCUCCACGUUUACUGCCGAGUGGCCGAUUCCCAUCACCGACAGCAAUGAAAAGUGUUCCGCUGGUCACGGUAUCCUGGAUGUCGUCAAGAAAACAUAUGGGCACCUGAGCGCAACAUACGACACCAAGCCUUACCCCUGGAAUGCGAAGACUCACUACAACGACAAGGUCACCGCCAAGCGGUCAAACGAGACCACGGCCAAGACCAACUCUACAGUGGGGGACUCUAGCCACAAAGGCGCUGGUGUGGCUGCCACGGCUCCUAUCUCUACUGUCAUGCUCGGGGUCCUGCUGGCUAUCGCUGCCUACUCCUUCUGA